GUUGUCGCACAUAACCUCAAUCAUAUCACAUGUCGCCUUGCCAAUGUGGUGUCCAUCUGAAAUCCCCCUAGGCCGCUCCAAAACUCCCUAGAUUGCUGUCAUUGGUGUGACAAAUGUCAAGAAGUAGAUUUGUCAGAUGUCAAGAUAUGUUCUUCAAAUAAAACAACAUGGCGUGCGGUAAAGUGUCCUUUUGUAUAUAUUUUAUUAUUUUACUUUGUGCCUUUAGUAUAAAUGGACAAAAAACAGUGAUAGAAUUGAAUGAAAAUAACUGGCGUGAUAUCUUAGAAGGUGAAUGGUUGAUUGAAUUCUAUGCACCUUGGUGUCCAGCGUGUAAAGCACUCGAACCUAAAUGGAGAGAAUUCGCAUACUUAAGCCCAGGUUUGGGAAUCAAAGUGGGUGCUGUAGACGUUACGACCUCGCCUGGACUGAGUGGAAGAUUCAUGGUGACUGCUCUACCCUCUAUUUUCCAUGUCAUCAAUGGUGAAUUCAGACAAUACAAAGGUUCAAGAGACAAAGAGGCAUUUACAGCUUUUAUUGAAGAGAAGAAAUGGGAGCAAGUAGACUCUGUGCCAGGAUGGAAAUCACCAAACUCCAUACAAAUGACAAUCGUAUCAUCUUUCUUCAAACUAUCUCAGGGAUUGAGGCAUAUCCAUAAUAAACUCACUGAAGAAUAUGGCUUACCAAGCUAUGGAUCUUACCUCAUCUUUGCAAUUGCAACAAUUAUUCUGGGGGGAUUACUAGGAUUGGUGUUGGUAUGUGCAAUUGACCUGAUAUAUCCACCCAAGCAUUCAGAGAUUAGAAAAAUGAGUGCUGAUGAGAAAAGGGAAAAGAAUAGUGAUGAUGAAUUGGAUGACGAAGAUAUAAAAGACGACCUCGUCGAUGAUGCGAGUCAAUCUGGAGGCGACCACAACUCGGGAACAGAUUCACAGAAUGAGGCAGCUAAUGCAGGGAAUGCAAAAGUGAAGAAGCGCAAAACUAAAAGACUGGACACAGUCGACUGAUUAUUUUUUUUAUUCAGUCAUACUCUGGUGCGUAUGUUUUUGUUGCUGGAAAUUUAGAGCAGAACUCAAUUUUAAAUUAGGUUGUCUAUAUGACGCAUGACAGGUCACACCUAUAUUUCAUUAUAUUUUGAAACUCGAAUGACGAAUUUGUGGGGUAAUUUUGUACAAAAAUUCUCUGUUUGCUCUACUUUUCCCUUCAAGCACUGAAGCAAUGAAAAUGCAUCCUACUAAUUGAGAAUACAAAUAAAACUUCAAUUAACUCUCUAGGCGCGCAAGUUGGAAGAAUAUAAUUAUUAUACUUCAUAAGCAAGCUUUUAACAGAUUUCUUUCACAUAGUGUAACAAAUGAGAAUGUGAUUAUUGUGAGAUAAAUUAAAGUGCGUUUAUUUCAUUCCAAAUGGUUGUACUAUUCCCAAAACGUUGAUGGUUGAGAGAAAGCAUGUAAAUUUCUAUUGAAUGUACAGAUUUCUUUUGUAUUACUUUCUAAUAAAAGUUUUUUCGAUAAUGUUA